GUGACUCCCCCACCCCCCACAAUGGCCAAGGUCACCGUCAGCUCUUUCCUUUCAAUUAGCAGCAGGAAUGUUCCCGGCGCUGGGCUCGGCGCCUGCCCGGGCAGGGACCCCCUCGUUCUGGCUGGAGCUGCCCGGGCGUGGGUUCUGGAAGGACGAGUGCGACGCCCCCAUCCCACACACGCCCCUCCCGCCUCGGACAAGGCCCGCCCUGCUCGCUGGGUGACCUUGGCCGUUGCGUAACCUCUCUGGGCCCUUCCAACACCAACGCCCCGCACCGCGGAGGCCUCUGCGGGGCUCUCGUCGGGUUUGGGCCUCAUGAACUCAUCUCCUGGAGCAGGACUAUCUCACGCGCUCCAGACGACGCCCUCGCCGGGCCCCGAGCCGCCCACACCGCCACACGCCGUAAAAAGCAUCGCGGGGACGGGAGGCCUGUGCGCGCCGGGGUGGGCGUCGGGCGGGGGGCGUGGCGCUCCAGGGGCUCUGCGCGGCUGCGGGGAGCCAGGAGGCUCGGAGACCCAGCACCUGCCCCGGGACCCCCAGCACCUGCCCCGGGACCCCCAGCACCUGCCCCGGGACCGCCGCCGCCCUGAGCCUUUCCACGCCUUUGCCCGGGACUCAGCUCCUCCGCCCAGCAUGGUCCUGGCGGCAGAGACCACGUCCCAGCAGGAGCGGCUGCAGGCCAUCGCAGAGAAGCGGAAGCGGCAGGCAGAGAUUGAGAACAAGCGCCGGCAGCUGGAGGACGAGCGGAGGCAGCUGCAGCACCUGAAGUCCAAGGCACUGCGGGAGCGCUGGCUGCUGGAGGGGACGCCGUCCUCGGCCUCAGAGGGGGAUGAGGACCUGAGGAGGCAGAUGCAGGACGACGAGCAGAAGACACGGCUGCUGGAGGACUCGGUGUCCAGGUUGGAGAAGGAAAUUGAGGUGCUGGAGCGUGGAGACUCCGCCCCAGCCGCUGCCAAGGAGAACGCGGUGGCCCCGAGCCCGGUCCGGGCCCCAGCCCCGAGUCCAGCCAAGGAGGAGCGCAAGACAGAGGUGGUGAUGAAUUCACAGCAGACGCCGGUGGGCACGCCCAAAGACAAGCGAGUCUCCAACACGCCCCUGAGGACGGUUGACGGCUCCCCCAUGAUGAAGGCAGCCAUGUACUCGGUUGAGAUCACUGUGGAGAAGGACAAGGUGACAGGGGAGACCAGGGUGCUGUCCAGCACCACGCUGCUCCCUCGGCAGCCGCUCCCUCUGGGCAUCAAAGUCUACGAGGACGAGACCAAAGUGGUCCAUGCUGUGGACGGCACCGCCGAGAACGGGAUCCACCCCUUGAGCUCCUCCGAGGUGGACGAACUCAUCCACAAAGCAGACGAGGUCACGCUGAGCGAGGCAGGGUCCACGGCCGGGGCGGCAGAGACCCGGGGGGCCGUGGAGGGGGCAGCCCGGACCACGCCCUCCUGGCGGGAGAUCACCGGUGUGCAGGCACAGCCAGGCGAGGCCACGUCCGGCCCGCCGGGGAUCCAGCCCGGCCAGGAGCCCCCGGUCACAAUGAUCUUCAUGGGUUACCAGAACGUGGAGGAUGAGGCCGAGACCAAGAAGGUGCUGGGCCUUCAGGAUACCAUCACGGCGGAGCUGGUGGUCAUCGAAGACGCGGCUGAGCCCAAGGAGCCUGCGCCACCCAACGGCAGUGCCGCCGAGCCUCCCACGGAGGCCGCCUCCAGGGAAGAGAAUCAGGCGGGGCCCGAGGCCGUCACCAGCGACCCCCAGGACCUCGACAUGAAGAAGCAACGUUGUAAAUGCUGCUCCAUCAUGUGAGCCGGCCCCCGAGACCCCGGCCCCCACCCCACACCACAGACACCCACCAGCCCGGCCCCUCCCGGCGCCUGCCCACCCUCCACCCACAGCCUCACGGGUCCAGGACUUGGCGUGUUGUUACAUGUUCCUUCCGAGUUUUCUUUCGCUGGAAAGAGGGACAGGGGCCCCCACCCGUCACCACGCCCCAACACUCCCCCCGAACCAGAGCCGUGCACUUGUGCCUGGUAGGAGAGAGACAGGACAGACCCGCUUUUCCCAAGACGAGGACCCCCCAUGUCACGGCAGCUUCACAGACGCGGCUCGCGCCCACCGGGGUCCUGGCGGGUGGGACCCGCGGCCUCCACGCGGCCCAGGCCAGCCUGCCACCCUCUGGGCCUCCCACCUGUGCCUUUCUCUGAGGGGACACCCCGCCAGAGAGGGCCCCGGGAGCCGGGGGCAGGUACUAGGGCCUGCUCAGGCCCUGGAAGUGGGGCUCUAUGGGGUUCCCUGGCCAAGGCGCUGGCCCCCCAAUCUCAGGCAGUUGGGGUGAGGCCGUGCCUCUUUGGGGGCUAAAGGUCUUGGGUGGAGGACAGGCCCCUCUGCUGUGCCCCCACGCCCUGUGUGGGCCCAACCAGUGGACAAUGGAGUCUAGGGGAGGGGGAACCCCGGGGACAUGCCCCCACCCGGGAGGGGCCGGUAACCCCUGGGCUAUCUUCUACAUGGGGCGAACCAGGGGUCAUUGACCUGCCCCCUGCACAGGGCAGGGACCGAGUGAGCCACUCCUUGUCCCGAGCUCCCGCCCCCACUGGGCCCUCCUUCCUCCUGGUGCUAAUUUGGGGACCCCAGGGGCCGCCCCCGGCCUCUUCUCCAACCUGCUUGGACCAGGGUCCUGGGUCUUCCCAACCAUACCCCAGAGAUCAGGCCCCACCUGCCAGCUCUACUGGGCUUGGAGCAUGUCCGGGCAGUGGAGGGAGGGACAUAGCCUGGGACAGGAAGCCUCUUGGGUUGGAGCAGGAGACCCUCAUUUGCCACCCAGACCAAUGUGAGCCUGCCCCCAGCCCCCUCUCAUUGGAAGUGGCAAGGGGCUUCCCUCCUGGGGGCAGCUACACUCGUCCCCAGAGGCACAUUCGUGCACAUUCUCACAGACACCGUCUCACACGUUGGCUUUGGACAACCAGGCCCCAACUUGGUCCCUGCCCUAGGGACCUCCAGCCUGGUGCCCAGUGCUCAGGCCACCUCCUGGUCCAGUCACCACCUGCAGCCUCAGCAGGGCAGGUACAGGGGCCACCUCGGAUGGGAGCCUGGGUCCCUGCCUCCGCUCUGCCCCUGGGUGGCUGGGAGGAGAGGCCCUCUUGGGGGUGACCUGAGCGUCAGCCGUGGAACCCCCUCCUCCUCCCUGGAGUCUGCCCGAGUCCCUCGAGCCGCGAGCCUUCGCUGAAGUGCCCUUGCUAUAACCCCCUCUGCUUCUGGUGUGUGACGAGGCCCCCGAUGUUCUUGAUUUUCCCAGAGAAGCAAAUAAACAGCGUGAACAGCCCCA